GCGAGACUUUCAAGCAAAUUAUCAUCUUCAAUGUCAGCGAGUCUAUCGCGGUGUGAGCGCGUGUCUGUGAAUUGGUGAGCGGUUGAAUUAGUGGGUGCGCUAGUGCCACACCGAAUUGCCAUACCUAGUGAUCGAGACAGACAGACAGCGAGAGUGAAAAAAAGAGAGAGCGAGAGAGAGCGAGCGAGAGAGUGGUGCGUUGCGAACGAAAGACAUCGUCGUGUAUUGAUGGUUUCGCUGGAAUUUGCUGGUGGGUCCUCAGUAACGUAGCGGCUUGACGACGAUCGCCUGCGCCAAGACGCCAAGACAACACCGUACCUGGGGAGUAGUGGGACGACGGCUUGGACGUUGGUGCGUACGAAUGCUGUACGUCGUCGUGUGCUGUGUGUGUGUGCAGAUCGGUGUGAAUGGUCCGGACGGCGAGAUAACCGGAUGGGAUCGGACACGGAGCCUACCAGUCGUACCUCGUGUCUGCCACCGUUAGCACCGCUGUCGGUUUUUUGUUCGGUGAAAUUGACCGCCGCUUCUUCCGUGACGGCUGAUCGUGAUCGUGCGUAAAUUGUGAGUGCGUGCCUGUGUGUGCGAACAAGUGCUGUGUAGCUUGAGCUUGUGGCAGAGACACCGGAAUCAUGCACGAUAAGAUAGUGUUGCUAGGCUUGGUCGGCGUCUUUUGUGCCCUGACCUGUCUGCAGGUGGCGCGAACCGAUCCUGCCGGUGAUUACGACAUCGAUUACGAGGAGGAUGAGGGCUUCUGGAUUGGCCAUGGGCUCGGAAAUCGUAAGGAAGGCGACGAAAUCCUGAAGGUGCUGCACAAAUCCGUCGGACCGUUCGUGGAGCCACAAAACGUCACCGUGGUGGAGAAGUUCAGCGCGGCCGACGGUGAAAGUAUUACGUUCACACAGUUCAACUCAUCUAAGGUGCUUACGUACUUCCACGAGGUGGUGUUGGACUUCAAUCCGAAAAAUUUCUACAUCCGGCUGAAGCUGUUCAACAUCACCAGUCUUCGGCUGCAGCGUACGGUGUACGGCUUUCGGUCCAACGCGAUCAAGCCGGACGUUAGCUAGAGAGCGGUGCGCGCCCCGGCCCGGACACGCCACGCCCGCCCAAGCGCCAUACGCACACUGUGGUCUGUCUACCACAUUGUAUAGCUGCCCAAACCCCCUCUAUUCGUAUUGUUUAGUUUUACUGUUUGACUUCGUUACCGGUAUUAAUAAGGACUAAGCUAGCCGCUAAGGAAUAAAGCCAAAAAUGUUUGUCACCAUAAUGCUCCACCACCGUGCAACUCCCCUCCGUACUCGUACUCCAUAGUGCUUCGUAAAUACGAUCACCGUGAUGUGUGUUUGUGUUCGUACACACCGGAGAAUCGAUCAUAGCGAGACAGCGAAAGCGCUUGCGCCGAAUGUCAUAAAUGGUUGCCCACGAGGUUUCAUAACGCGGCUGCGACCGCGACAACACUCCCCCUCUAAUCGUUUGUCGACUAUUUGUCAACGAAACGCAUGACGAAAUGCAAACGAGGGAUGAUUAGCAAUACUCAAUAAUAUUUGUUGGAACGCGGGCCCGAUUCCUUGGCUCGGCUUUCGAAGGUCGGCGCUUUGGAAUCCCGCGAGUGCGAUAUGCUUAAGUAAAUGGUUAUUAAGUGAUUUGUGUAAAGUUAUCAUUACGAAGCGUGAGCUCAGGAAGCUCAGCAUCAACAUGGAAUAAAUCGAAACA